UGGAAAACUACGGCGUCUCUCUCCUCCGCAGAAACUGGCAGGUCAUUGCUGUCCUGCCCCAGCCUUUCCUUCUGUCCUUCUUGUCCCUCAGUCUCAACUCCAGUAGUUCUGCUAGUGUAUGUGUGUCGCUGCAGACUGGACUUAUGGCCUCGCCGUUGAGGUUUGACGGGCGGGUGGUACUGGUCACCGGCGCGGGGGGAGGAUUGGGCCGAGCCUAUGCCCUGGCAUUUGCAGAAAGAGGUGCAUCAGUUGUUGUGAAUGAUCUAGGAGGGGACUUCAUGGGAGUUGGUAAAGGCUCCUUAGCUGCUGAUAAGGUUGUUGAAGAAAUAAGAAGGAAAGGCGGAAAAGCAGUGGCCAACUAUGAUUCAGUGGAAGCAGGAGAGAAGGUUGUGAAGACAGCACUGGAUGCUUUUGGAAGAAUAGAUGUUGUGAUCAACAAUGCUGGAAUUUUGAGGGACCGUUCCUUUGGUAGAAUAAGUGAUGAAGACUGGGAUAUCAUUCAGAGAGUUCAUUUGCGGGGCUCAUUCCUGGUGACCCGGGCAGCAUGGGAUCACAUGAAGAAACAGAAAUUUGGAAGGAUCAUCAUGACUUCAUCGGCUUCAGGAAUAUAUGGCAACUUUGGCCAGGCAAAUUAUUGUGCUGCAAAGCUGGGUCUUCUGGGCCUUUCAAAUUGUCUUGCAGUUGAAGGCGAGAAAAGCAACAUUCAUUGUAACACUAUUGCCCCUACUGCUGGAUCACGGUUGACUCAGAACAUUUUGCCUGAUGAUCUUCUGGAAGCUCUGAAGCCGGAUUACGUGGCACCACUGGUCCUUUGGCUUUGCCAUGAGAGUUGUGAGGAAAAUGGUGGCUUGUUUGAGGUUGGAGCAGGAUGGAUUGGAAAAUUACGAUGGGAGCGGACCCUUGGAGCCAUUGUAAGACAGAGGACUCAGCCAAUGACUCCUGAGGCGGUGAAGGCUAACUGGACGAAGAUCUGUGACUUUGAUAAUGCCACCAAGCCUCAGAGAAUUCAAGAAUCAAUUGGCGGUAUAAUUGAAGCUCUAAAUAAAAUAGAUUCAGAUGGAGGAGUUUCGGUGAAUCACACCAGUAAUGCGACAUCAACAGCUACAUCAGGAUUUGCUGGAGCUAUUGGCCAUAAACUUCCUCCAUUUUCUUCUUCUUAUACGGAACUGGACACUAUUAUGUAUGCCCUUGGAGUGGGAGCAUCAAUCAAGGAACCGAAAGAUUUGAAAUUUAUUUAUGAAGGGAGUUCUGAUUUCUCCUGUUUGCCUACCUUCGGAGUUAUUCUAGCUCAGAAAUCUAUAAUGGGUGGAGGAUUAGCAGAGAUUCCUGGGCUUUCAGUCAACUUGGCAAAGGUUCUUCAUGGGGAGCAGUACUUGGAGUUAUAUAAACCACUUCCCAGAGCAGGAAAAUUAAAAUGUGAAGCAAUUGUUGCUGAUGUCCUGGAUAAAGGAUCCGGUUUAAUAAUUCUUAUGGAUGUCUACUCUUAUUCUGGGGAGGAACUUAUAUGUUAUAAUCAGUUCUCCAUCUUUGUUGUUGGCUCUGGAGGCUUUGGUGGAAAACGGACGUCAGACAAAGCUAAGGUAGCUGUAGCCAUACCUAAUAGACCUCCUGAUGCUGUACUUACAGAUACCACCUCACUUAAUCAGGCUGCUUUGUAUCGCCUCAGUGGAGACUGGAAUCCCUUACACAUUGAUCCUGACUUUGCUAACUUAGCAGGUUUUGACAAGCCCAUAUUACAUGGAUUAUGUACAUUUGGAUUUUCUGCCAGGCAUGUUUUACAGCAGUUUGCAGAUAAUGACGUGUCGAGAUUCAAAGCAAUUAAGGUUCGCUUUGCAAAACCAGUAUAUCCAGGACAAACUCUACAAACUGAGAUGUGGAAGGAAGGAAAUAGAAUCCAUUUCCAAACCAAGAUCCAAGGAACUGGAGACAUCGUCAUUUCAAAUGCAUAUGUGGAUCUUGUGCCAACAGCUGAUGUUUUAGCUAAGACACCAUCUGAGGGUAGGGAGCUUCAGAGUACCCUUGUGUUUGAGGAAAUAGGUCGCCGCCUGCAGCAUAUGGGGGGAGAGGUGGUGAAGAAAGUAAAUGCUGUGUUUGAGUGGCAUAUCACUAAAGGUGAAAAUACUGCAGCUAAGUGGACUAUUGACCUAAAAAAUGGUUCUGGAAAAGUGUAUCAAGGCCCUGCAAAAGAUUCUGCUGAUGUAACCAUCACACUUUCAGAUGACGAUUUCAUGGAAGUAGUCUUGGGCAAGCUUGAUCCUCAGAAGGCAUUCUUUAGUGGCAGACUGAAGGCCAGAGGGAACAUCAUGUUGAGCCAGAAGCUUCAGAUGAUUCUUAAAGAAUAUGCCAAGCUCUGAAGGACAUACUACGUUAUUAAUUACAAUAGAAAAAUUAAAUACUCUCUUCAGCUAAAUAUGCAAGUGAUUCAGCAAAAAUGGUCAAAAUUAAGAUACAGGGGAAAUUGCUUAACAUUUUCAGAUUACAGAUAACUUUUCAGAUGUUCAUUUUCUACUAAUUUUUCAUGUUAUUACUUUUACAAGGAACUGUAAGCUGGCACAUGAUUAUCCUUCUGUUCUUAGACCUAUGCCUUCAUAAUAAAAAAGUUUCACUCAAGUCCAGUCUCUUUAGAAUUGUGAUGGCAUUUAUAAGUUGUAAGGAAAAUGAAAUGAGUAGAGGCCACUGGUGCCUUUUACAGUUUGUUUUCUUAUUUUCUCUUCUCUUUAUUGAUAUCCCAAUUUUAACUUGAAUUUUCAUAUAUUUAUUCAUUUUCAUACUUUGCUAUGAUGGAUAGUGUUCUGCUUUAAGGCAAGAUAAAGGUCUUUGUGUUUUCAAAUAGUUUUCUUUCUUCUCCCUUCCCUUUUGCUGGAAAUUCUUUACUUUCAUAUAAUGCUUGGAAAUCUACCAAAUAUAUAACUUUCUUUUUUUCUUUUUAAAAAAAUUUAACCGUAUUUGAUUUACAAUAUUAUGUUAGUUUCA